AACGCGGGUGCUGCACAUAGUCGUGUUUUGGUACCGAGCUGACUUAAAGAUGGACGAAACGAUUCGGCCAUCUAAAGUCAUAUAAAGGCCAGCUACCGCGGGUGUCAAACAUUCCUUCAUCGCCCUCAGUAUCAUACGAAUACUCAUCUAACUAUCUAUUCAUAAUGUCAAAUCGCAAGCUCCGCGUCGGAGUACUUUUUUCGGGGCCUGUCCAGACCCUCGAUAUGUCUCCAAUUGACCUAUUUGGCAUGCUGGGUCGCGACUAUCUCCAGGCCUGCGACCUUCCAAAACCACUAUUGGACCUCGGUCUCGACGUGGAAUGUCUAUAUAUUGCGUCGGCAAAGCACCAUCCAUUCAUAUCGUGCACAGCCGAUUGCAGAAUCAAGAUGACACACACCCUGGACUCAUCAGACUGUGCCCCUGGUACCCUCGAUGUUCUAAUGGUGCCAGGGCCCGAUCCAAAUGCAACCCAUGACAAGGACGUGCUGGACUUUUUACGAGGCCACUUCGACGCUCAUAGGACGGACAUCCUUGUCAUCUGUACAGGUGCAUUUGUUGCCGCGUCGAGCGGUAUUUAUGACGGGAAAACUGCCUCUGGGCCACGUGCUCUGCUUCCAAAGCUGAAGAAGGACUUUCCGAAGGUGCAGUGGACAGACAAGCGUUGGGAAGUUGAUGGGAAUAUCUGGUCGAGUGGCGGUAUCACUAAUGGCUUGAACAUGGCUGGCGUUUAUAUCAGGCGCAGAUACCCUGGCCCUUUAGGUAGUGCUGUAUGCGCCAUGGCCGAUGUUGAGGAUCGAGGUCGGGAGUAUAGGAACAGUACCGUCGUAGAGAGUGGUUGGUGGGUAAUACAGAUCUUCCGAGCUUGGCUCUUCGGAAAGAAGGCUUAGUAUUUUCUGCGGUCGAGACCACGAAUAAUUCCCACAGUCUGUUUUUAACUCUCCGAUCUGCGCACAAAACUCCAAAACUCCGAAUAGCUCUUUUGUGA